UCACUUCAUCACCACUACUCCCUUGGCCUAUAAAUAUUUCUCUGCUUUUAAUUUCCAAUUUGCUCUGAUUCAUUCACAAAUAACAAUCCUCUCUUCGUUUUUGUUUUUCUUUUGGAUCCAAAGCUCUCUUAAAUCUGUAAAUCAACAAUGGCCGCCACCACUGAGAAUCUCCCUCAACUCAAAUCCGCCGUCGAUGGCCUUACUGAGAUGAGUGAGAGUGAGAAGAGCGGAUUCAUCAGCCUGGUUUCACGUUACCUGAGCGGUGAGGCACAACACAUUGAGUGGAGUAAGAUCCAGACUCCUACCGAUGAAAUCGUUGUUCCCUACGAGAAAAUGACCCCUGUCUCCCAAGAUGUUGCCGAGACCAAGAAUCUGUUGGACAAACUUGUUGUGUUGAAGCUUAAUGGAGGUCUUGGAACAACAAUGGGAUGCACUGGCCCGAAGUCCGUUAUCGAAGUUCGUGAUGGUUUGACAUUUCUUGAUCUGAUUGUUAUCCAGAUUGAGAAUCUCAACAACAAGUAUGGCUGCAAGGUUCCGUUAGUUCUCAUGAACUCGUUUAAUACACAUGAUGACACACAUAAGAUUGUGGAAAAGUACACCAACUCAAAUGUUGACAUUCACACUUUUAACCAGAGCAAAUAUCCCCGUGUUGUGGCAGAUGAGUUUGUGCCAUGGCCCAGCAAGGGAAAGACCGACAAGGAGGGCUGGUAUCCUCCCGGUCAUGGUGAUGUAUUCCCAGCCCUCAUGAACAGUGGAAAGCUCGAUACUUUCUUAUCACAGGGUAAGGAAUAUGUGUUUGUUGCCAAUUCAGACAACUUGGGUGCCAUCGUUGACUUAACAAUCCUGAAGCAUUUGAUCCAGAACAAGAACGAAUACUGCAUGGAGGUUACACCCAAAACCUUAGCUGAUGUAAAGGGGGGAACUCUCAUUUCUUAUGAAGGCAAAGUCCAGCUUCUGGAGAUUGCUCAGGUUCCUGAUGAACAUGUCAAUGAGUUCAAAUCAAUUGAGAAGUUCAAGAUAUUCAACACAAACAACCUAUGGGUUAACUUGAAGGCCAUCAAAAAGCUUGUGGAAGCUGAUGCACUUAAAAUGGAGAUCAUUCCAAACCCAAAGGAAGUUGAUGGAGUCAAAGUUCUUCAACUGGAAACUGCAGCCGGUGCUGCGAUAAGGUUCUUUGACAACGCUAUCGGUGUUAAUGUACCUCGCUCACGGUUCUUGCCAGUGAAGGCAAGUUCAGACUUGCUGCUCGUCCAGUCUGAUCUCUACACCUUAGUUGAUGGCUUUGUCACUCGAAACAAAGCUAGAACUAACCCCUCGAACCCGUCAAUUGAAUUGGGACCCGAGUUCAAGAAGGUGGCUACUUUCUUGAGCCGGUUUAAGUCCAUUCCUAGUAUAGUCGAGCUCGACAGCCUUAAGGUGUCUGGUGAUGUCUGGUUUGGCUCUUCCAUUGUUCUCAAGGGCAAGGUGACUGUGGCGGCAAAAUCCGGUGUGAAGCUUGAAAUUCCGGACAGGGCCGUGGUCGAGAACAAGGCGGUUAUGAUCUUGGUUCAGGAUUUUCAGAGUAAUCACCAAAAUGAAAAUUAGGAUUGAAUUUGAGGUUUUAUCUUUUCGGCUAAACCGAAUUGGCAUUCUACAUCUUUAGUUUAAACCUAAAUUAUUUUGAAUUAAAACUUACCAUUGUGUUUUUUUUACAGAACAUCAAUGGUCCAGAAGACCUCUGAAUAAAACAAAUUCAAGUCUUCUUCCCUCUCUCAUGGAAGACACAUCUUGAUACUCCUUUAAUUGGUGUGAAAAGAUCACAAGUGGCACAGCAAAGCAAGUUUAUGAAGAAAGAAUAAAUAAUGUUUCUUUUUCUUUUUGCAGCUUAGCAAAGUCUUUUCCUCUUUGGACUUUAUUUUAAUUUUGCUCUUUGAAUUUUCCCAAAACAUCACAUUUAUAUGUUCGAUUAUAUUUGGGUUCUAUCCACAAUCAUUUUUCUUUUUGAUAAUCCACUCUUUCUUUCCACAUGCUCUUUGCUUGGAAACUGAUGGAGUACUAGUUUAUUACAUUUAUGUCGUCUACUAAUUUAGAUUAUGUCACUGAUAUUCAUACAGUGUGACAUGUUUAUUUUCGGUUUUCGUCCGUUUGAUUUGUAGAAUUAAGUUGGGGACUAAUUCGUAUACUAAUGAAGGGA